ACACAAGAUCGGAUUACAAGAUGGCGGUCUGUGGACGUUAGCAAGAAGGCCGUUAGAGUUGUUGUGUUCUCUGAUAAUUUUACUGUUUAACAAUAGGCCUCCCGUUAAGUUGUUUCACACCGUGAACGGAAUAUGUUUAUAAAAUAGCGACUGAUACAUUUCUCUCCUGUUGUGAAAUUCACUUAGACGUGCAUGUUGUGUAACAUGCGGGUGGAAACAAAGUUAACAGGUCGAGGGUAGAGAACACCAGACGGGGUGAGGUGAUAGCUUGUUAGCAUUCUGCUAGCCUGCUAGCUCCGACUCGGUUCACCAUGUCGGACACUCGGCGGCGAGUGAAAGUAUAUACGCUAAAUGAAGACCGUCAGUGGGACGAUCGGGGCACCGGACACGUUUCUUCUACGUUUGUUGAACGGCUAAAGGGAAUAUCAUUAUUAGUUCGGGCCGAAUCAGACGGAUCUCUACUAUUGGAGUCGAAGAUAAGCCCGAAUACUGCAUAUCAGAAACAACAGGACACACUGAUUGUCUGGUCGGAAGCUGACAAUUAUGACCUUGCCCUAAGUUUCCAGGAAAAGGCAGGCUGUGAUGAGAUAUGGGAGAAGAUCUGCCAGGUUCAAGGCAAGGACCCUGCCCUGGACAUUACCCAGGACCCCAUUGAUGAGUCUGAGGAGGAACGCUUUGAGGAGAUUCCAGAGACGAGCCACCUGGUUGAGCUCCCUCCUUGCGAGUUAAGCCGACUGGAGGAGAUCGCUGACCUGGUUACAUCUGUCCUCUCUUCACCCAUCAGGAGGGAAAAACUGGCCCUGGCCCUGAUGAGCGAAGGCUACAUCAAGAAACUCCUGGGUCUCUUCAGAGUAUGCGAGGACCUGGACAACAGGGAAGGCCUACAUCAUCUCUAUGAGAUUGUUCGGGGUGUCUUGUUCCUUAAUAAAGCGGCCCUAUUCGAGGUGAUGUUCUCUGAUGACUGUAUCAUGGAUGUGGUUGGAUGCCUUGAGUAUGACCCGGCGCUGGUUCAGCCUAAACGGCACCGGGAAUUCUUGACCAAGACGGCAAAGUUUAAAGAAGUGAUCCCGAUCACGGACUCUGAGCUGCGGCAGAAGAUCCACCAGACCUACCGGGUGCAGUACAUCCAGGACAUCAUCCUGCCCACGCCUUCUGUUUUUGAGGAGAACUUCCUGUCCACACUCACCUCCUUUAUCUUCUUCAACAAGGUGGAGAUUGUCAGUAUGUUGCAGGAGGACGAGAAGUUCCUUACAGAGGUGUUUGCACAGCUCACAGAUGAAGCCACAGAGGACAGUAAAAGGAGAGAGCUUGUGAACUUUGUCAAGGAAUUCUGCGCUUUUUCACAGACGUUGCAGCCACAAAACAGAGAUGCUUUCUUUAAAACUCUGGCAAAUCUAGGAAUUUUACCUGCUCUUGAAAUAGUCAUGGGAAUGGACGACCUGCAGGUGAGGGCAGCAGCUACAGACAUCUUCUCUUACCUGGUGGAAUUCAGCCCCUCCAUGGUCAGAGAGUUUGUCAUGCAGGAGCCUCAGCAGACGGACGACGAUGUCCUGCUGAUAAAUGUGGUGAUCAAGCAGAUGAUUUGUGACUCUGACCCAGAGUUGGGGGGGGCUGUCCAGCUCAUGGGUCUGCUCAGGACGCUCAUCGACCCCGAGAACAUGCUCGCUUCCACCAAUAAAACGGAGAAGACAGAGUUUCUGAGUUUCUUCUACAAGUACUGCAUGCACGUCCUCACCGCUCCUCUGCUGGCCAACACGGCACAUGACAAAAUCUCAAAAGAUCUGCAGGAGGGAUCAACUAAGAUCAACCCGGUCUGUCCAGGUGAGGAAUUUAACUCGACAGAGAACCACCCAACAGACAAAGCAUGUCCAGUCCACACAUAUGCUCGCAUCAAGGACGGUGGCUACAGGCCAUAUCGCAGAGAUGCACGGUCGAUGGACGAGGACGAGGAGUUGUUGUUCAACGACGACGACGAUGAUGAUGAAAGCGAGGCUGUGGAGAAGAGCCGGAUGGAGGAAGACUUCGCCGACAGCUACGGAAAGUACAUGGAAGCCAAAAAAGGAGCUGCCAACGGAGCUAAUGGUGCCAACAAUAACGGGAAAGCUGCUGUAAGCCCCCCCCCCGCCUCACAGGCCGUCACUCCAAACAACAGUCCAGCUUCCUCCGUCAAAACAGUUGCUCUUCCUGCCACACCAGUAGUGAAGACUGCUAUGGUUGGUUUGGUGGACUACCCAGAUGAUGAGGAUGAAGAGGAAGAAGAGGAGGAGGAGGAAGAAGAGCAGUCUCCAAGAAAGCGGCCCCGCCUGAGCUCUUAAGGCUAACGUUCCUCUGUUUGGUCGUAGCGGACGGACACAGAGUCCCUCCCCUCCUCCUCCUCUGGUCGUCUCAUUGGUCCUUGGCCUGCCUGUGCCACCUGUCCGUCUCGCUGAGGAGUCGGGCGAAGACGAGCUCCCACCUCACCCUGCCCUUCCUCAUCUCUGCUCCUCUUCUGUCCCUCGCGGAAGGGGAUGGACAACUUAUUUUCUCGAAAAGAAAAAGACAAAUCAGUCUGUUUCUUCAGCCUGUUGAUUUUACCUCUUCCUUUUACUCCUGUAGAAGAUCCCAAAAUCUCCUUUCUGAACUCACCCCCCCCCCUCUCACACUUCUUCUGCUCCCCCUGUUCUGACCUCUUCCUGAACAACUUUCUCCUCAUCCUCCAUCCAAACGUACCGACCAGAGAGCCUGCGGUGGACGUAUCGAUGCCAAGGCGGCUUCCAACUCUGCUCUGUUGCUAUAGCAACAGUAGCAAGGAAGCUGCGGUACUACCCCUCCCCCCCCCACAGGAGCCCUCACGUGUCCUCGAUCUGAACUCUCCCCUUCCAUCUUCCAACACCAAAAGCAAUGAGCUCCAGAGACAGAGAGGAAGCCAGUGUAUGAAUUUCCAGCAGCCAGUCAGGCUAGCAGGACGAGCCGUCAGAUAGAGCUUGACUGGCUGAGCCGUGAGUGCCGCCCUGCCACAGAACUCUUCAAUUCGGUCGGGAAAAAAAUGGUCUAUAAAGAAGGAAAAUGAUGUGUUGAGAGACGAAGGGGGGGGGGGUCCACAAAUGACAAAAUGUACCAGGGUGAAAACUCAGUGGUAAUGAGGCUUAGAUCCACAGGAGCAAGACUCAAACCUACAAAAGCCAUGGCGUCAGUUCGGCCAAGGCACACAAACACAACACACACAUGGCGUCUCACACACAUGACGACGUCUCACACACAGGACUGCGUCUCACACACAUGACGACGUCUCACACACAGGACUGCGUCUCACACACAGACGACGUCUCACACACAGGACUGCGUCUCACACACAGGACUGCGUUAGCCAGAAAUCCUGUAUUUCAUGACUUUGUUAAAGAUUACUGUACAGAUGUAUUUUUUUCUUUUUAAUCAUUUUUCCCUGAUCUAAUUUUCAUGGGGAGAGCGAUACCUGCCGACCUGUGUAUUUUUGUUGUUGUUGCACAAAAGGUGGGGUCACUGUUCACCCUUUUUAAGUCCAGUUCAUUUGAUUCAAUGUAAAAUGCAGAGAAGUUGAAAAUGCUGGUUUUAGAAAAACGUAUUAAAACUGCAGUCAAGUCAUUUUGCAGCCAACAAUUUGAGGAUGUCUGGGGUUUUGUAUUUUAGUGAAUCUAACAAUUUAGUGGCCUCAUUAAGAUGCACACAAAGCCCAGCCUUUGUUUUAAUUUGGUGACAAACCUGAGCUGUCGGUGUGCUUAGAGUAGAUUUAGUGCACACUCUUGUAUCAGGAGGUUCAAGACUUGGCACCCUUCUCUCUGACAGAUCUCAGGUUCAGAUUUAAUUUGCAUCAGACACACACAAAAAGCUCCCCUGCUCUGUGCACUCACUGUGACUCUGCUGGCUGGUGAAACAUCUUGCAAUUAUAACUGAAUGAAGAAUUCUCAUGAGCUACAAGGGGCUUUCAUUUCAAGUUUGACCCUAAAACAACUCUGCACAUCAAAAACAAGACGAAGGACAUUUCUUUAAUUCAAACUAUGAUCAGAUGUGUUUUUUUUUUAAUUAGUUAUGAUGAAAAUGAUUUAACCCAAUGGUUGAUGUGCAGUUUUAGAGUCGAACGGUGUUGUUCAAGUGGAGUAUUUCGGACAUUUUAUUGUCGGGUUGAAAACAUUUCCCCCUGGUCUCACCACAAGCACACUGAGAAGCAGAUGAAGGUAAUCGAUGUUAGCUAAAACCACCAGAUCACAGACUUAGAACUUCUGAGCAGGUAGGAGCACAAAGUGAAAUUAUUAUUAUUAUUAUUAUUAUUAUUGCCAAUGUGCUUUCAGGAGUUCAGCAGAACCCGAGCAGUCUGUAAGCGUCUCCCAACAAUAUGACUGUUUUUCUGCCCCUUGAUGAAUUUGUACCAAGUGCAUUUACUACCACUAUCCAUUCUUAACAUUUGUAUGACUUUAUUUGAUAAGUUUUGAAAUUAAAUGUGACCCUGACAUUGACCUUUUUGAAUCUGGCUUUGUUUUGAAUAAUUCACUGAUCUGGCAACUAGUCAUUUGUAAUUGAUUCUGAAUCAUUUCUUUUGGGUCCAGAUGGUUUGAAUUGAUAACUUGAUUCAGAAAUGUUAGGUUAUUGAAAUGAUUUCGUGGAUUUUAUGAAAAUCUUACAGCAACAUGUUUUGUACGAGGAAAAUUGUUCAAGCACAAUAUUUAGUACUCGUGAAGAUUUACAUGGCUCAGAGUAAAAGAGUACAUUAAAAGAUUAAUGUGAGAAAAGCUACCGACCAACUGAAAGUCGUUUUUAUACACAAAGUCUGGAUUCAAGCUUGUUUCUAUAAAAUGUGAUUUAUUA